AACAUCAGUUCGUCUGGUCGAGAUUUUGCAAAAUUUAUUUUUUCCCUAAAAAAAUCGCAGUUUUAGUUUACAAAUCAUUCGAAAAUGCAUUCUGCUUAAAAUAAAAUAAACGAAAAAUAUAUUAUCUAUCUAUGUAAUGGGAGUGUACGGCGACUAAGAAAAAUUUAAAUUGACUGGAUAUUUAUACAAACUUACUGAAAGCAACAAAAUAUAAGACAAUGGAACCGAAUUCGGAGGACAAUCUCUUGGAGAUUAUGGAUUUAGCGCGCACUUUGCGCCAAGAACAACUAUUCAUACAACAAGAACAAGCCGCCUUUGCGCAAUUCACAGAAUCACUAUCGGAGAACUCGGCCGCCAUAACAAAGUUGGCAUAUAUAUGCGCACAACAAAGGCAGAAUCUUAAUGAUUUGAUCACGUCUCGCCCAGAGGCGGGCCCCAGUAUUUGCUGUCGGCGAGCAAAGAACUAUGAAAACGCUAAAUAUAUUGAUGCGAAGAAAGUGCUGGACUAUGAGCAUGCCAUUUCUUAUGAAGAGCUGUUCAAUCACCUCUAUCGUUCACCCUAUCUGCUUGCACUUUCGCUAGCCACCGGCGAUCGCAUUGCUGAGAUAACACCACAACACCUUAGCUGUGUAAUACACACCAUAUCGGCGGGUCUCUAUGGCAAUGCCAUCAAUACCAAGGAUGUAGAAAUGAUUUUGAAGCUUUUAAGAGAAUUAAUUGAAAUACAAAUUGUGGUUAGCGAUAAUCCGCGUAAUUUGCUACGUGCUAAUUCAUCGGCUUUUGCUCGUCUCUAUCACCGUUUGAAUGAGUCAAUGUUUUCGGCGAAAAUCUUUUUAACGGCAGCAUUGUUUGAGCCAAUAAUGGGCGUAUUGAGUGAUAUUGACAGUGUGCUGGAUGUGGAUCCCAGCAAAGUGGUGGAGAAUUUCAGCAGCAAAGAGCGCUUGAAAAGAUUUGGCGCUGAAGACUCGAAUAACUACCAAGAUAAUAUCAAUAAGUUCCACAAUGAUACCAUAACAAAGCUGCAUUUUAUGGCUAACUCAUUUAUUGACAGUUUAACUUUCAAUUGGUCACUUUUUCCAUCAACCCUACGCUGGCUGGUACAAACCAUGUCACACCAACUAAAGCAAUCACAUUUCUCGGACAAAAUUAUCAAUGAAAUAAUCACUGAUAUGGUUUUCACACAUUUCAUUUGCCCAGCCAUAGUCAGUCCGGAUAUAAUGGGCAUCAUCGAUGCACCUAUACCCGAGCAGGUGCGCUUCAAUCUCAUACAAAUCGGACAAAUCAUACAAAUGCUGGCCUUGGCCAAACACGAUGAUGUGGAUGCGAAAUUCGCGCAGGUUCAUGCUAAAUUUGAAUCGAACAUGGUUUCAAAUUUGAUCGAUCUAUUGCUGAUGAGUCAAUCCGGUGAAGACGUGGUAGCCAUACUCUCACAACAAAGUGAUUUUGAUCGCUCCCAUUUGCUGAGUACGCAAAGUGAACUCGCCUAUUUUAUACAAUUUUAUCGCAUACUCAUGGCCAGUGAUGACUUCGAGCCGCCACCAGAGGAGCGAAAGAAACUACAGAAAAUACUCUCGCAUUUGCCGGAAUCUACAGAGCUGAAUCAGCGUUUGCAGUCGAAUGGCGCGGAGGUAGCCGGCGCAUUGCCUGUGAAUGGCGAGGCAAGUGGACUCAAAGAGCGCUCCAAACAAGGUUUCAUGGGUCUAAGUAAAGUGACAAAGAACAAAAUUGCCAAAAGUAUGAGCUUUAGUACAAAUAGUAAUGCAGGCGUGGAUGGAGCAGCAGCAUCAGCCAAUGUUAAUGGAUUUACAAAUGGUGGUGGUCACGCGGGAUUGGGUCAAGUACUAAAGAAGCGGAUAACCUUCUACAGACCUCCCAUACAUGAUAAUCAUAACGGUAAUAAUGGCAGUGCCGGCGCAUCUACGAAUGCAUCCGUCAGCUCGAAUAGUUCGUCGCCAAUACGCGCUAUAAAUAUGAAUGAAGUUCUCGAAAAUGAGCCAAUACUUGUCUUCAGUAUUUAUAACGGUGACGAUCAUAAAUUACAACCGCUCACCGAAGAGGAAGUGUUGAAGAUGAACUGUAUUGGUCAGGAUAUAUCCAACGGUGAGGCACUGCUCGUCGAUACGGGCAGUGUUAAUUUAGAUAACACCAUUGACAAAUCAUCCUCCGUGGCCAAUGGUUUCGACGGCAUGGAUAACAUGAGCGAUGUACUGCGUCCCAUGCAUUCGAAAACCACACGUUUCUCACUGUCACACGACGACGCGUCGAUAGGCAAUUCGGACAAUCUGGAAGCUGUUAGCGAGGCGCCGUCAAACCACUCCGUCACCAGUUCACUUGAAUUAGAAGAGGAAAACGAUCAAAAUGACAAUUUGUCCGACAUGGUGUCGGCAAAUGUUUCUGGGCGGGGUUCGCCCAAUAUCAGCGGUCGCGACACACCUUCAUCACAAGUGACCGACGGUGAGUCGGUGCAUAAUGCGCUACCAACACCACAGAUGCAGAAGCUAAUAUCGAAAGCACGUUCCGAUAUUGAGGAUAAAUUUUGUAAAUUCGAAAUAAAGAAAUUCGAAGGUGAUGAAACAGUCUCGAUCAUAUCGGACACUUGGUCCACCGAUGUGCUGGCGAGCGAUUCCGAAACUGUGGAUGCCAGUGAACGUGAACGCGAUCGUCAUUUCUCUACACCGCUUAUUCCAUCAGCUGUCGUAUUACCUGGAGACAACAAUUUUGACGUGCUAACUGGUGCGGGCGUCAUGCGCCCCGUCUUCUUGGAUGUGUCUGAUCAACGUUCCGAGUCUAAUUGGAGCACCGAUGUGUUGGCCAGUGAUUCCGAAAAGUUUGCCGAAGUAGAUACGGAUGAUAAUUUGAGCAUUACCGCCAAAUCGGAUAUUACAGAUUCGGGCGCACGUUCGGAACAGGAGCGCGAUCAGUUGGCUGCCGCGAUAUCUGCAGCGAAUACGCGACGCAUACCGAAUUCCCCGUACUAUACAGCGCGGAAUGGAAGGACAUUCCGUGCUGCGACCACCACAAAUUACAAUGCCCCAGCGGGUGGCAGUUCAGCGCUUAAUGGUGCCGGGAAGGUGCCACGAGCAGCUAUUGCCAAUACAAGUAGCGAAGAUGGCGGCGCUGUGGUGGCUGAUGGCAGCCACGGUAGUGGUAGCAGUGAUCACUCGCAAGAUGACUCAGCUUUCUAUGAUGCGGCAAAUUUGUAUGAUGAGGCGGCAGCUGCCGUUAAGGCCGAACAAGAUGCUACAGCGCACUACGCCGGUCUUUCCUCGUUGGCGCGCAGCUCAGUGCGCACUACCAAUCAGUAUAGCGGCGAAAAUAACUUCCAACAAGAUUAUAAAAGCAGUAGUGGCAAUUCUGAUUGCAAAGAACCGUUUUUGGGUGCGCCACGCAUGCGUCGCCAAACAUCAGCCGAGAGCAGCAUCUCAAAUCAGAGCGUCACAUUCGAAGAUGCAGCUGGAUCAGCGGAUGUGAUUGCAUGCAAACCGCCAAAGUCGCAUCAUAAGGGUGGUAUGAAAAAGAAGAAGCAACACAACAGCGGGUCGAGCGGUCACAAAGAUUUAAUAGAUUUUAGCGAUUUCGGAGAGGAAGAAAAGCCACCAGUGUCGGCAAGAGCAAUCGCACAUGACAUUUCAGCAGUUCCAACGCAAUCGCCGCUUAUCGAUUUGUUCGUCGACGAAAACGUCGAACAUCGGCAUACAACGAGUGAGGCGCGCAACGCCAGCUUCGAUGGUCGACGCAACGGUAUAAUGGCAAUGAAGGGCAACGACCACACCGACUCAACGGUGCCAGUGUUGCGUCGCCAUCAGAGUCUUAAUUAUGAAAAUCACGAGCUAAUGAUCAGUAAUGUCGUGAAUUCCACGAAACGUUUAACUAUGAUACCGAAUUUGUCACAAACGGACGACGCCAAGAGUCAACAACAACAGAUUAUGUUGCUUUGCGCGAAAACCGAAAAAUUGCAGCUGAAUGACACCGACAACGGCACGAGCGACAGCGUCACGAUUUCCACAUCGCGCACCACACUCUCGAACAACACGUCCGGCAUCGCCACCGCCAGUGCUACGACUUCGAGCUUAAGUAUUGCUGCGGGCAGCAUGAGCAGCUGCCAGAAACCGACCAAAUCCACCGGCGCCAUACCGAAAAGCAUCAGUUUCGACGCAUCGGCCGAUAAGAACACGAAUAGCCAUAAUGAUGGUGCCGCAGGUACCUCUAAUAGUGCCGGCGUUAAUACGCGCCAUUUACCCUCGCACCGCAAAGCCCGUGUACUACACCCUAAUUUAGGUGCACAUAUCUCCACUAGUGCCAAUAACAAUUCCGGUAUAUUCAACAAGUUGAAGCAAGGUAUUUUCAAGCAUAGACGUGGCAACAAAUCACACUCGCGCCAUUCGACGCAUCUACAUAACGGUGUUGAAAGUGUGGAUGCGGGCAGCGCGAAUGGUGAGUACGCGUUACACACGACCAGCAGUCGCAGUGUUUCGUUCAGCGCCAACACUUCGGAAAUGUCGUUCGACAUGAUUGGCGUCGGUGGCUCGGCUGGUGCGCGCAACACGUCGGCAGCUGCCGCUGACAGUGCUGUUGCCACUGGCGGCAUGGCGUCCAGUUAUUGCGAUAUUAACGAGGAUAUUUUGGCGAAAUAUCGCCGCAAAGUAAGCAGCUCUAGUGAAGCGACAAACUCCGACUCAAUGGGCAACUGUUUGGCGACCGCAGUGGGUGGAGCUUCUGCGAAUGAACGCAAGCUUUCAGAUGCCGAGGCGAAAUCACCAAACACUUUGCUGCAUGAUAAGACGCUUGCCUUUAAUGUGAUCAAGAAGAAAAUACGUACCGUGCUGUCAAAGACUGAUUUACACACCGGCGAUUUUCGCCAUACUACUUACACCAAUGCCUCACCUUUGCUCACAUAUUUGCAAAUCCAGUUGGCGCAAGCGCUGAAUCUGCAAAAUUUCCAACAAAUUUCCUAUGUUUCCGAAGCCAUUCGUUGCAUUUCCACACUCGAACGCAGCCAGCACAACCAAUUACUCGAAGAAUUGCAGCAGGACAUACAAAAGCGUCAAAACUACUUACAGUAUUUAAUGCGUUAUCGCCAAAAUCAAUUGCUAAUGAUGGAGAAUAUCGAACAGUUCGAGACGCGCUUGCGCAGCGAAAGUGCCACAUGCAAUCGUUACCUAAUGGCGGUUUGUGUGCGUCUAUUCUUUGAGAAACGCCAAGCGAAGUUGGCUGAGUUCCAAGAGGAAUUUGCACGCCUCACAGUCUCCGAUGAUAAAAUCGACUUAAUUGAGGAAUUCGUUGAGGGGCUGAUGGAGGAACUACUAACACCGGGCGCCAUAUUGCAUGGUAUGCCAGAGUGGCAAGCACAGGAGGCCCGCCUAUCCAUCGAACGUAUACUGCUAACACGUCUGUACCAGCAGGUGAUGUUCCCCAAUGAAGAUGCCGAUUUGUCGCGAGACACCGUACUUUCGGAGCAUAUCAGUAAGCUGCAGCGUGUGAUUAGCCCUUCACAUCCGGCACUUUGCAUUCCACAAGCAUAUCUUUCCGAGGCACCUUGGUCCUUUUCCCAGCAACAGCUCUCCUAUAUAUCGGCGUAUAAAACACCACGAGAAAAAUUGCAGUGCGUCAUUCGGUGCAUUUCGAGUAUUAUGAGUUUGUUACACAUGUCGAGCGGUCGCGUGCCAGCUGCUGAUGACAUUUUGCCUGUUUUAAUCUACGUCGUGAUUAUGACAAAUCCACCCUUCUUGCUGUCAACAGUCGAAUAUAUUACUUGCUUUAUUGGCGAGAAGUUGGAAGGCGAGGAACAAUUCCAUUGGACGCUCUUCUGCUCUGUGGUGAAAUUUAUCAAAACAAUGGACUACUUGGAUUGAGCGAAUUCUUCCAUAUGUAAGCUAUAACUAGCUUAACAAGGUUUCUGUUAUAAAUUUGUUGAAAAUAGUUUUUUUUGUUUGUAACUAUAAGCUCUAUUCCAAAUUGAUUAUUAUUUAUAUUGUGAAUGUGUUGUCUCAAUUAGUCGACUGGUCGAAAUCAAGAGAAUCCUUAAAGCAAUAUUAAUGUAAUAUACAUACAUACAUAUAUGUAUCGAGUUGAUAAUUGUUGAACUGUUAAGUUUUUUCUUCUGUUAUUUAUGCACUAUAUAAAGGCAAUUAGUUUAUAAAUGUUUGAUUGGUAUUAAGUACACAACAUUAUAUCGAAAUAUACCAUAAAUUUGUAAACUUGCAUGUUCUUCGUUUAUCUCUUACGUUGUAUUCGUUUAAUGAAAGCGUGAAAGCGUAUGUGUAGUUUGUUUUUUGAAAUCUGCAAACAUACCUCUGACGAUAUGCAUAAGUGAAUAGCUUAAGUUGUAAUUAUUGUAUCUAUUUUGUUAUAAUUAAUUAAAAAAAAACUUAAAUAAAGGCUUAUUAUAUACCUACGUACAUAAAAUAUACUAAAAACAAAAAUAUAUAUACAUACAUAUAUAAUAUGAACUAUUUUUUGAUAUUUAUUAAGCAAAUAUAAAUACAUAUAUACAUAGUAUACUUUACCUAUACACCAUAUGUAUUAAAAACUAACGGCAUUCAUUAGUAUACUCUUUAUAGUAAUGUGAACAAAACUUGAAUAGCAAACACAAGGUGACAGUAAAUGUACUUCAUAACCACAUACAUACAUACAUAUAUAGAGUUGAGCAUUUUAAUUACAUAUUUUCUUAAUUACAUAAUCAUGAACUUAAUAUAACAUAUGAAAGUAGUACAAUAUUCAAAGAUAUAAAUAAAAGAGAUACAUACAUAU